AUGUCUCCUGGCAACGGUCAGAUGCCACUUGUGGCUCCCUCUUUAUCGAGAGAGAGCAAGGUGACCAUCGAGCAUCAACAUAGUGUUGACCUCGCUUCGAGUCCGCCAUACCCAGCUGCGAGUCCAAUCUCCCCCAGGAUCUCCAAACAUCCUCAUGAGAAGCAAAUUCGCUAUCCAGGAGGCGAUCUUCUUCCAGUCGAGGAGUCAGCUGAAGCGCGGCUAGAGCGGCUCGGAAGACAGAGACCGGAAGUUUUCGACUCGGAGUACUUUGUCUCCGGGUUCACAGUCAUCCUGCCAACUGUAGUUCAGGACUUGAACAUCACAGUUGCCUCGUCGACAUGGCCUGCAAGUGCCUUUUCUCUAGCAGUUGCCAGCUUUCUCUUGAUUUUUGGCCGACUAGCCGACAUGUAUGGAGGCUUUCCGGUCUAUGUUGCCGGCUUCACUUGGUUGACCCUGUGGAGCCUGAUUGCUGGCUUCGCUACGAACGACACCAUGUUGAACUUCUGUCGGGCAUUGCAAGGGCUCGGGCCCGCGGCCUACCUGCCAUCCUCGAUGAUGAUCCUCGGUACAAUCUAUCGUCCAGGUCCAAGGAAAAACCUCGUCUUCAGCAUCUACGGAGCUUGCGCUGCAGGUGGCUUUUUCGUCGGCAUCUUCUUCGCAGGCCUCACAGCAGAAUACACCACGUGGGGCUGGUACUUCUGGAUCGGUACUGUCCUCUCAGCCAUCACAGCAGUAACUUCCUACAUCACCAUCCCCUCCGACAUGGCCGAAAAGCGCAACUCUCCCGUGAAAGUCAAGAUGGACUGGCUAGGAGCAGUAAUUAUAGCCUGCGGCCUCAUCCUCUUCACAUACGCCAUCAUCGACAGCUCGCACGCUCCCCAGAAAUGGAAGACACCGUACAUCUACGCCCUCUUCAUCAUCGGAUCUCUCCUGCUCAUAGCUGGCGCGUACGUCGAAGCCUUCAUUGCCAAAGAACCGCUUCUACCAGCCUCCCUCUUCAAAGUCCCAUGCAUGCCCGCCUUAGUCGUCGCAUUAUUCUUCACCUACGGUUCCCUCGGUGUCUUCCUCCUGUACGCAACAUUCUACAUGGAAAAAGUGAUGGGCGCCUCCCCCCUCCAGGUCGUCGCCUGGUACGUGCCAAUGGCUCUGGGAGGAUGUCUCAUAGCCACCUUUGGCGGGUUCAUCAUGCACCUCGUCCCCGGCACCGCCCUUGUCACCAUGUCCGGCGUGUCCUGGAUUAUCGCCCCCCUCCUCCUCGCCAUCGCCCCCCAAGGCGCAAAUUAUUGGGCAUACAUAUUCCCGUCCAUGAUCUGUGCCACGAUGGGCAUCGACAUCACAUUCAACGUCGCUAAUAUCUUCAUCACCACCUCUCUCCCCAGGAAGCAGCAAGGGCUGGCCGGAUCGGUCAUCAUGCUGCUGCUGCAUCUGGGCAUCGCGGUGUGCUUGGGCUUCGCCGACAUUGUCAACACGUACACGGUCGAGCGGCUGGGCAUGAGGGAGAGUUACCAGGCGGUGUUCUGGUUCGAGGUUGCGUGCGCGGGAGCCGCGUUGCUGAUCCUGGUGUUUUUUGUGCAGAUUAGCAAGGCGGGGAGUGAGUUGACUGUGGACGAGAGGCAGGAGAUGGAGAGGGAGAGGGAGAGGGAGAGUGAUGCUGUUUAUGGUGCGGAAGAGAAGAAGGAGGAGAGCAGGCUCGGAACUCCGCAGUGA